AUUUCUCUCUCGGGCCCGAAAAUCGAGAAGCCGACAAACAUCAUCUCUCUCGACGCCGGUGAGGCCUCUGGCCGCCGGCGUCGGGCCCUAAACUCUAUCUCCUGCUACUCAUCGUCUUCAAGUCGCUCACCACCAUGUUCUAAUCGUUUCCGCCGCUCGUGGCUUCGUUUCGGAGUCUGGGGCUCCGGAUCCGUGACCUUCUUGGGGUCUCCCUGCUUCUCCAUCAUGCCGGUCAGCUUCAGUCACCCCCAAACCUUUAAAUCUACGCCUCGACAGUGUCGUCGGCCGUUUCCACCUUCUCUACCACAUUUAGUGCCCGGUCGCGGUAAUCUAUACCCUUGUGUAUGUGGGGUUCCACUGUUUUCCAAGGAUUCAGUACCGAUAUCGUGCUACCUGAUAAGGUCGAGCCACUCCCGAACUUCUCCCACCAGAUCCAGCUUGACAAACGCAGAAGUUGACGGUCCUCUCCGGGAUUCCGAGGAGAUCCACUGUGCCGCUCUUCCUCUCUGUUUGUUUGUAGGACCCAUCUUCUCUGGUGGUCCAAGCUCGCCGCUUGCUGAAGCGCACCAUCCCUGGCUAGACGGCCGCGUAUCCAUCACCGCCGGAGUUUCCAUCCCUGACGUCUGUUUCCACUCGUUCCCGUCUCUCAAUCAAUCGUCUUGGGUUGGGCCAAGGGUGAUCACUAAUUGGGCCUGGACUGCUAAUCUCCCUUAUUGUUAUAGCCCACAAACCAGUUACACAGAACCAAGAAAUACGGUACUGCUUUUGAAGGUACCGACUGUACUGAUUUUAUUGAAAAAUGUGGUUUUGGUAUUGACUUGUUUGAUAAGGAUUUCCGGUGGGUUCACGGGGGCCUUACUUUUGCGUAUAAUAGCAUAUUAUCUUGUUAAGAAGAGUUUAUCGGUGGAUUCACCGAGACCGUUUCCAUUUCACUCUUGCUCGUCUUUUGAAGAGAGGACUUUUCCACCGUACCUUCUUCCCAUGGAAGAAGAUGUUUUCUCGGCUUCGCUGCCGAGCUUCGGCUUCAGCCUUAUCACCGGUUUGUUAUCUUGCGUAGCGGUCUGUACGGGGCCAGAAGAUGCAACCGAGAUUACCAUGUGUUGUCUCGCAGGUGAGGGUUGGCCCUCAACGUCACAUUAUGUGACUAAGUUUCAGCUGUCCGGCUCUGUCGGGUAUGCCCCAUCGACGCAUCCAAGCUUUGUCUUGAAUUCGCUGUCAUCUUCCUUUGAAGAUUUAUCUUUCUUAAUUUGGUCUGUUAUUGUAUCUUAUGCUUUUUAUCAAAGAGGAUGGAUAAUUCCCUCUAGUAUUUGUAUUCAAGAAAAUUGAUGAAUGAAAAUUAGUUGUGUUUCAAAAAAAAAGUAUAUCAGUUUCUUCAAUUAUUUCUGCAUUUGAGUUUAGCUAAACAUUACUAUGUCAAAAUAAUUUGAAGCAUGGUUGCAACUUGCAAUACAAUGAAAUAAUGCCUACAAAGAACCAAUGUUCCCUUGCAUAGCAAGAAAAAAAUAGAGACACUCCGUUGGAUACUGCUAAUAGGCUGAUAUAUAGAUAAUAACAUGUAUGCUUGAAUUGGGGUGCGAUCAUACCAGCACUAAUGCACCGGAUCCCAUCAGAACUCCGCAGUUAAGCGUGCUUGGGCGAGAAAAGUGUUUCAAAAAAAAAAAAAAAAACAUGUAUGCUUGAAUUAAAUCAACUGUAAACAAGUUGAUAGGUAGAAUUGAAACUGAGUCAUAAUCUCUAAGCCAGAACAGAUACACCCAAACAAUUACAAAUACAAAAAAAAUCUGUAGUUUCUGCAUUUGUCUAUUGAUCUAAUUCUUUACAUACACUUUCGCUGUUUGAUUUAAAAACUAAAAAAAUAAAACAUAUACAAUAAAAUUGAUGCAUACAAAUAAGAUACUUAUGUUCUCAUCAAGAAUCAUCAUCUGGAGAGUCAUCAAUGGGAUACCAGAAUCUAUUAAAGAACCACAUGGUGUCACCAUGACCAUCCACAGCGCAGCCAUCCUGGUUCAUGUGCCAACCAUAGUAAGCGUGUGUCCUGUUCUUUAUCGAGAAUAUAGCAUGUCCGAAGCUAGCUUCUCUGAAGGCAGAGUACUUAGGCUGAGAUUGCUUUUGAAUCCUUGACAAGUAUAUGUUAAUGUUGAUUUGGUUGCAUAAUAAUUAAGUUGAAAUCUGCGUUUUAUGCUUGAGUCGAUUAGGCUUCACUAUUAUCUUUCUUCUCCAUUCAACAUUGCCGUCUACGCUUCUCAGAACCUAAGAAAAGGAGAGAAGCUUAUCUUGUCAUCAGUGUUGAUUCCGUAAGCUCAGAAGCGUUGAACUUUUAAAUAAACUUUCAAUGAAGUCAUGAGCUUAAGAUUCCUUUCAUGGGUUUAUUUGUGGACCAAUGGUGAGGCUGGUGAAGUGAUGAAACGUGAUGAUGUUCCGGAUUGGCCUUUGUUAGCUACUUAUCUUAUAAGUGAAGCGUGUCUUCAGAAAGAUUCUGGAUGAUUUAAUUAUAUCUCUGCUCUUCCGAGAGAACCGUACUCGCUUUUAUACUGGUAACUUUGUUUUCUUAUUUUUCUUUUUUUUCUGUUACUGAACUUGAAAUAUUUUUUCCAGUUGAUGGCAUUAGUCUCAGCCUUUUUGUGUACUGUUUUUCAGGACUCGGACAUAACUUGAUAUGUACUUGGAAGCUUCACAGAUUCGAUAACGGACAAUCGAAAGAAUCACUAAUGUUGUUGGAACGUGAGAUAUUUUCUCUUUCCUUCUCUCAACUGCUAUUUGAUGUGUAGAACUUUACUUGAUGCACUCUCUCGCAUUUGUCCUUAGUGUGUGGGUGUGGUUAAAGACUGAUGGUUAUGUCCUGCAUCAGACACGGCUGAAAUUUUGAAGUUUCAAGAUGCACAAAUAUGUACGAGAUUACUGGUGAUCCGGUUCAUCCCCCAAACAACCAUUGAUGAAGUCAUCGACAAUGCUCCCGUCAUCAACCUCCAAACAUUCAUACUAAGGAGGUUUGACCAGCUCCAAGCUCUAAGAAACAUUGACUUAGAACUCCCUGGUUUGUUCCCCAUACAUUUGGUAAUUUAUUGUUCAAAUUAUUGUAUAUGAUUUGGUGCUGAAAUCUUAAGCCUUUCAUCACAUGGCAGAUGUUGUUGGGCAAAUUCAUGUUCAGUCCAAGGUUCUGACCUUAAGGACGCUGAAGCUAUGCCCCGAGUUGUGGUCCGUUUCAUUAUUGAACCGUAAGUGUACAAAGCCGUUAUUUUUCAACUCUAUUACUUAUGGAAUCCUUAACGUAAUAAGUUAUUACAAUUCACAUGACAGGACGGUGGUUGUGUACCUGUGUUUAUGGGAUGAUGCUGCAGAAAUGUUUAAGGGUCUCAUCAAUCAGGUGAUAGAACCCAGUCUGUCAUGGUGGUCAGUGGUCACUACCGUCAAUCCCAAAAUAUUUGGAGGUAACCUGUACAUCAACUCCACCCCAGCAGCGAAGUUUUAUUUUGACACUAACCUCCCAGCCAUUGCAGAGUUCACAGCCAGGUAACAACUCAUUAGGUCUCGCUGUUGACCAAAAUGAAAUCGUACACUAACUUAUCUGAUGAUACCAUUUGCUUCCAGGUUAGGAAGUCCAGUUUGAGAAGCUUUCCCCUGUAUCGAUACCAAGGAUGGGAUAAAAAGAAGGAACUUGUCUCAAUAAGAGAUCUAAACAAAUUCAUUUCCAAUUCUGAUGAGCAGGUAACAUUCAUGGUUCGUUUAAAAUGUGUUUUAGUUUGAGAUAAUAAAUUAUUAAAUAGUUAGUCUACUGUCUUGAUGAAGACACAGGAAGCGGAUUUCAUUUGCAAGGCUCGGGUUGUUGAGGUCCUGCAACAAAAUGGCUGGUCUUUUUUCUCUUGCACUGAAUGCAGCAGGAAGCUAGACAAAUCUGGCAGUCAAGACUUUUGAUACUCAAAGAUAUAUAAGAUAAGCCAUUGUUUUAAUCAUUAUGAUCACGGGGGUGUUUGCGGCCACUUAGCAAUCUUUUCCUAUUUUACAGACUUAGCAAUUUUUUUUCUAUUUCCAGUUUUUGUUUUUUGUUUUGCCAUUUACGGCAAAGUAACUACUCAUAGGAGAACAUUUGCUAAAUUUAAUAUUAUAAAAAAAGGGUUGACGUAAUAUUUAGUAUAGUCGAUAACAAAAUGCACAAAAGGUCAUUCAUAUAGUGAACCAUAUUACAGGUAAACAUGCAAAAUUGAGCUACACGAUGCCUUUGUGUUCACUCUCUUCUAUGCAUACAUUCAGUCAGGCCGAAGGCUGGACGGAUAAAAUUUUGAAAUUCAACACAGAAAAUAGUCAGAGAAAAAAAUAACAAGAAAACCUCAUAAAUUUUUUGACACAGACUAGCACUAACUUUCUUUUUUUUGUCAAACAGGCUAGCACUAACUAACAUAAGUUUUACCAACUGAAAUCCAACUACACGAACUCAAUUUAAAUUCGGUAUUAGUUGAAACGUAUACAAUACUCGCCCAAAAAAAUACCUAUACUUAAAUUAUUGAUCUAUGUUUCCUAAUAAUAUAAAAGCGUGGAUAUAUUAACAUAUACAUCAAUCUCUACGACUAUACUAACCUUCAUCAACAAUACAAUACAAGAAAUUUUUACUUCUAUUAUAAAUCUCUACGACUAUACUAACCAAAACACUUGACUCCACUUCCCAUAACAUUUUUAAGCUACAACAACACAUAUUUGUCAUUGUAGACAACACAGAAAAAACAAAAUUUAGAAGAAAAAUAACAAACGACAAAAUUCCGCGUACAAAACUACACAAUGCAUCAACAACAUACCAGUUCCGUGCUUACGCGGAGGAUAUACCCCUAGUUAUAGUAAUACGUAAAUGUGUUUGAUUCUCCACUCAAAAAAGCUAACGCAUAUAAGAGUUUAACAUAAGAAGACAGAAAAUCAUCUUAUGGGAUAUGCUAUCACCAAAUAAGUAAAAACCAUGAUAACUAAUAAAUUAGUCUACUAAAAAAAAGUUAAAUCCAAAAUGAUUAAAUAAGAUUCUAUAUUAAACUUUACAUAUUUUAAUAAAAAAAAUUAUGAGUUAAAAUAACUAAUCAUAAAACUAUAACCAUAUUAAAAGCAAUUUACAUAUAAAGUUAUAAA